AUGAAACAUUUGAACUCUGUGAUUUGGGGCUCGGAUCAGGUGAGCGCUCAAGCUCAAGUUAAGUCCACCCAAGAGUCGACCUCCGCCACACUCGCUAUAAAUGACCUCAAUGCGCAGCUUAGCCAUCUAAGACCGUCUUCGCUGACUUUCAUGGUCUCUGAGCCUUACAAUAUGCCAGACAACAGCGAGUACGCGCCUCUCACUCAACAUGAGCCGGAGAAAGGCUACUAUGACGAGGAUCCCUUCAACACUCCCAGCGCACAGAACACAUCAAGCACUCACAUCACCACGUUUCAAAUAACCGUGUCUACGCUAUUAACUGUGGCGAACGUCAUCUGUCUCGUCAUCGUUUUACGCAAGGUCAACGUUGUAGCUCAGCUACUGCAGUCACAUAUCGAUCUCACAACGAGCACCCGCGGGUUACCUCGGCCCGACCCAUACUACGAGCUCCACUAA